UUCACCUGAAAGGCACAUCCUUUCAGACAAAAUGACACUAUUUCAUUUUGGAAACUGUGUUGCAUUAGCGUAUGUCCCGUACGUCAUAGUCUACAAAUGUUCAGGAUUAGCAGAGUACAGCGCAUUUUGGAAAUGUGUGCAGGCAGGAGGUGCCUAUCUGUUCACACAACUCUGUAAAAUCCUCAUCCUUGCUUCUUUCUUCCCAUCGACAGACAUUGUACCCGGAGGAAUGGAUGUUAUUGGAGAAUUUCUCAAAUCAACAGUUGAUUUAGCAGAUCUGAUUGGAAUUCAUUUUGUAAUGUCUAAAAUUGCUGGGAAAGGUCAGUUAAAAUUUAUGGUGGCUGGACUUGGCUGGGCAACAGCAGAGCUUCUGAUGACCAGGUUUUUACCUCUUUGGGUUGGAGCCAGGGGAGUGGAAUUCGACUGGAAGUAUAUACAGAUGAGCUUUGAAUCUAACAUCAAUUUGGUCCACCACAUUAGUACCGCCAUGCUUGUCUGGCUACGGAGCAGGAGUGACCUUCAGAGGUCAUUUGUACCAGUCGUUCUGACCUUAUUGGCCCUGAGCUGCUACAGGCCACUCAUUGUAGAAAUAUUGAUCCAUGCAGUUGGCCUAGGGUCCUGGACACUCCUUCUAGCCAAGGCUAUGUUUACAGGGUGUGUAGGAGUUAUUGCCCUUCAACUUUGUCUCAGUCUCACUGUUCAUGCCACCAAUUCCUAUUAUUGAAUGAAUUUCAAUGACUGGUACUGUAAAUUUUGGACGAGCUUCCCCUACAGUAAAUCUCCACUGUGUCUCAUACAUAGAGAUUUGGAAUUGAGAAAAGUGAAAGGAACAUGUCUGUUUGAGAUAUAUCAGAUUUCCAGAAGAAUUUCUCGCGAGAUAUAUCAGAAGAUUUCCAGAAGAAUUUCUCGCAACAAAAUGUUUUGAAUGGCAAAAUAUUUUUAUACAUGAUUUGUAUAGCUUUAAUGAUUCCAAUAAGAUAUUGUGUGCAAUUAUUGAAAUAAAGAAUGUUACAUGGUUUGCUAAGAUGUAACUUUCACCUUUGACUACCAGAAAAUAAAAAAUAGAAACAUUAGGCACAUGUUACCAUAACAUCUUAUAGUUUUGUUUGACAAAAUUUCAUGGUUUUCCAAAAAUAUAUAUGAUUGAUGAUGGCACUUGAUUUUGUGUAAAUUCCAGUCCAACUUCUGUCCAUUUAUGAUUUUAUGGUCAUUCAUGGAUUUAGAGUACCCAUGAAUUCAAUGAAAAUAAAUUCCUCUUAAAAAUAUUAUUUUACAGUAAGUGUUACUAUCUUCUACAGGUUAUUUCAAGCUUCCAAUUUUCCUGUCAUAAAAUAACCUAUGUGAUCUUCAGGCAUCACCAUACAUCAGUAGAGAUACUAUAUAUCUCAAGUUGAUUUAACUGAAAACAAAACCUUCUUUUUGUGAAAAUAAAAAUGUGCUCUUUACAUAAUUCUGUUUUAAAAAAUCAUGUAAUAAAGUAUUUUUAGCAUGAAAAAAUCAUCGCAGAUAGUCCUAUUGUUAGGUUACCUGAGCCAUAGUCACUAGUGACCUACUGUGAUUGCCUUUUGUCCGUGCGUUAUGCAUGAAUUUUGUAUGAUGAUGAUUAGAACCAGCUAUUAUUGUGAAUAAUUCUGUAUUAAAUGCCUAGAACAAAAUUUUGAUACAAAUAAGAUAUAUUUGUGAAAUGUGUGGUUCAAUGUUAUGUAUUUUUUAAAAGAAUUUUUGUAAAACAUUUUUAUGUUCAACUGUUUUAGGAUUAAUUGAAAAAAUGUAUUGAUUUAUGUUCUUAAUAAGUUAAUCUUACAUAAAUAUGAUUCAGAUUAACCUGUCCAUUCUGACUUCUUGUGGAAAGCAAAAAAUAUAUAUAGCAUCUGUCAGAUUAACCUAUAUAAAUGAACAUUUGAUGGAAAACAUGUUAGCCAGUUUAACGUUUCUAAUUUUAGGCCCCUUAAGAAAAUUUGUAACAUAGAAUUUUAAAGGAAUGAUUAUAACUCUGUAUUGAAAUUAAAGUCUUUAUUUAACAUGGUAAAUGCCAGUUUCUUCUUAAUUGUAAAUAGAUGUCAUAGUGCACUACUGUGAAAAUUGAUAUUUUUUUCUGGAAAAUAAAGUAAAGAAUAAGUUAUUAGAAUAUUUGAGGUAUCCUUUUAUUUAAAGUAUCAGUUUUAUUUCAGCUUUUGAAUGUCAAGAUAAUGUCAGCAUGUACCAGUGUGAUAAUGUUAUCGUAUGGGACAUUGUUAACUGUUUUUGACAGCUUAUUACUAGAAUAGUGAAGACUGUGAAAAAAUGUAAAGCUGUAAAGUCUUGUUGUAACUAGAGUUUGUCUUUAUUUAACCAGUUUAUUGUUAUGCAAGAGUUUGACGAGACCUUUUCAAAUUCAUUACAUAUGUGUAGUAAGAGUAUAUUGUACUAGUAUGUGACUAAAUGUUUGGUUAAGUAUACACCUGUAACUUAUAUCAUUUUGUAUGUGUGUAGAGGUACAUGUAUGUGAUGUAGGUUCAGUGAAGUGUAAGAGUAUAUACACCUGUGUGACUGUUACACCAGGUAAAGAGAAUUUUGUACACCUGUGUGACUGUUACACCAGGUAAAGAGAAUUUUGUACACCUGUGUGACUGUUACACCAGGUAAAGAGAAUUUUGUACACCUGUGUGACUGUUACACCAGGUAAAGAGAAUUUUGUACACCUGUGUGACUGUUACACCAGGUAAAGAGAAUUUUGUACACCUGUGUGACUGUUACACCAGGUAAAGAGAAUUUUGUACACCUGUGUGACUGUUACACCAGGUAAAGAGAAUUUUGUACACCUGUGUGACUGUUACACCAGGUAAAGAGAAUUUUGUACACCUGUGUGACUGUUACACCAGGUAAAGAGAAUUUUGUACACCUGUGUGACUGUUACACCAGGUAAAGAGAAUUUUGUACACCUGUGUGACUGUUACACCAGGUAAAGAGAAUUUUGUACACCUGUGUGACUGUUACACCAGGUAAAGAGAAUUUUGUACACCUGUGUGACUGUUACACCAGGUAAAGAGAAUUUUGUACACCUGUGUGACUGUUACACCAGGUAAAGAGAAUUUUGUACACCUGUGUGACUGUUACACCAGGUAAAGAGAAUUUUGUACACCUGUGUGACUGUUACAUUAGGUAAAGAGUAUAUUGUACACCUGUGUGACUGUUACAUCAGGUAAAGAGAAUUUUCUACACCUGUGUGACUGUUACAUUAGGUAAAGAGAAUUUUCUACACCUGUGUGACUGUUAUUUCCGGUAAAGAGUAUAUUGUACACCUGUAUGACAGCUAUUUCUGGAAAAUAGUAUAAUGCACACCUGUGUGAUUGCUAGACCUGGUAAAUAGUAUAAUGCACACCUGUGUGAUUGCUAGACCUGGUAAAUAGUAUAAUGUACACCUGUGUGAUUGCUAGACCUGGUAAAUAGUAUAGUGUACACCUGUGUGAUUGCUAGACCUGGUAAAUAGUAUAAUGUACACCUGUGUGAUUGCUAGACCUGGUAAAUAGUAUAAUGUACACCUGUGUGAUUGCUAGACCUGGCAAAUAGUAUAAUGUACACCUGUGUGAUUGCUAGACCUGGUAAAUAGUAUAAUGUACACCUGUGUGAUUGCUAGACCUGGUAAAUAGUAUAAUGUACACCUGUGUGAUUGCUAGACCUGGUAAAUAGUGGUACACGUGUGUGAGUUAUACCAGGUAAAAGUAUGUAGAGGUUCACAAUUUAAUAAAUAAUUUAAUGUAUCUCUGUCUUUAUAACCAGGCUGAGUGUAAUUAGCAUUUGUUAGAAUGAGACGUGAAAAGUAACUCUGAAUGACAGCCAAUGGGCAAUUUUUAGAUUUUAUGUCAAUUUUCAUGUAAAGAUCUAAAACUGAUGAAUGCACAAGUCCAUCACUUGUGAUCUGAUUUACAUCGCUGAUGAAGCGUCUCAUCUUUUAGAUCUUAAAUGAUAAUAAGAGUUUGGUGAAGAUACAAAAACAUUUUUUUCUUUUGUAUCCUUUAUGGUAAUUGUGUGUUGUUGUAAUGCAGAGUUAUCUGCUCUUGUCAUCAGGUAUUGAUUGUUAUGUCAUUUGUUUGCUAGAAGAAGUUAUGUCCUUUUCUCAGGACAACAACAUGUAAACAGGUAAGAUAAUUGUCAAUACCUGCCUGAAGGGCACUCAACUUUACAUUACAAGAAGACAGAAUUAAAAAAAAUAUGCCACCAUAUAUGACCGAUGUUUUGGCUAAAUUUGACAUGCUCAUUAUCAAAUCAUCACAUAAACAGAUAAAGUUGUUUUGGUAUAAUAUUACUGAACAAAGAGUUGUAAUGUCCCAUUUGCAUUAAAACUUGUUCAUAAUGAAAAGUGUAAGAUUGCUGUGACAGAUUUAUUUGGGUAACAACUCCAUAGAUUUGUAAAAUCUUAAUUUUCCUCAUCUUUACUGCAGCAGCGUCCUAGAAAAAUCAAAAUCUGCCAAGUCACCCUUUAGUGUUCCAUGAUUUGUCAUCUAGGCACUCAUCAGAGAGCAUAUAAAAGUGACUUAUGAACUAUACUUGAUCGUGCUAAAGAAGAUCAGACAUUUCUGUAGGAUGUCGGGAGUCCUGGACAAGGACAUGUAAACGAAGCACUACGUGAUUACUUGUAAUGUUCAGGACAGCUUCAUCCUCCAUGGUAUUGUGUACGAUGCGAGAUCAGAUUCAACAAACCUGUAUUUUAUCAUGGGAUUUAGCAAAUCAUUAUAUUUAUAUAAUAUUGGUGUCAUUAUUAAAUAAACAUGUUUUUUUUUUAAA